AUGGCAUCGCCGGCGCCGGCGCCGGACCAGCAGCUGCUGCAGGCGCCGGCACCCGCCGCCUCGCCACCGGUGCCGCCACCAACGACAGCGGCGCGCCCGCGCGGGGGCGCCUGGGACGGCGCUAAGAUGUUCUUGGCGGGCGGCUCGGCGGGCGCGGUGGCGCGCACCUGCACCGCGCCGCUUGAUAGGAUCAAGCUCCUGUUCCAAGUGCAGGCCGUCCCCAGUUCUGGCGCCAGCCCCUCCUCGUACACUGGUGUGCUGCAGGCGGCCGCCAAGAUAUACAGGGAGGAGGGCCCUCUCGCCUUCUGGAAGGGCAACGGGGUCAACGUGGUCCGCAUCUUCCCCUACUCGGCAGCCCAGCUGGCGGCGAACGACCAGUUCAAGCGCCUGCUGGCCGGCGGCGGAGGGGAGCUCGACGUGCCCCGCCGCCUGGCCAGCGGCGCGGCGGCGGGCAUGGCGGCGACGGCGCUGACACACCCUCUGGACGUCGUAAGGCUGCGCCUGGCGCUGCCCGGCCACGCGUACCGCGGCGCCGUCGACGCCGCGCGCCGCAUGGUGCGCGCCGAGGGGCCGCUGUCGCUGUACCGCGGCCUGGCGCCCACCCUGGUGGGCAUCGCGCCCUACGCGGCCAUCAAUUUUGCGUCCUAUGACCUCAUUAAGAAGCGGCUGUACGGCGGCGAGAAGCCCCAGCGCGCCGCCGCCAACCUGCUCGUCGGCGCCGCCAGCGGCACGCUCGCCGCGACCGCGUGUUACCCCCUCGACACGGUGCGCCGCCGCAUGCAGAUGCGCGGCCACGCAUAUGACGGGCAGCUGCACGCGCUGUCGACGAUCUGGCGGGCCGAGGGCGCGCGCGGCUUCUAUAGGGGCUGGGCCGCUAAUACGCUGAAGGUGGUGCCCCAGAACGCGAUCAGGAUGGUGGCUUAUGAAUAUCUCAAGGCGCUCUUGGGGGUGCAGCGCGCGAAGACGGACACGUGA